CUGCACAUAAACCGGAGGGGCAACCAUUGGAGAAUCAGUGUACAUUCCCUCUCCACUGAAGAGCAAAACCAAUGAGGAUACUGGCUCCAAUAUCUAUCUAAUUCUGAUAACCCUAGAGAUAGUUUGUGGCAGAAAAGUCAGAAAUAGUGGUUUCUGGAAACUGAAAUGGCAAAUUCACCAGAAGAUGAGAUAGAUGAUGAACUAUUCAAGGAAGUUUAUGGCAAGGAAUAUACUGGCCCACCAGGAUCAAAUGCCAGAAAUAUGCAGGAGAAUGCUAAAUCAAACAAAAGGCCACAAGCCGCUGUAAAUGAGGUUGCUGAUUCUGAUGAGGAAAUGGAGCCUCGUGACCCAAAUGCUGUUCCAACCGAUUUUACUAGCAGAGAAGCCAAGGCAUGGGAAGCUAAAGCUAAGGCCACAGAAAGAAACUGGAAAAAGAGGAAGGAAGAAGAAAUGAUCUGUAAAAUAUGUGGGGAAUCAGGUCAUUUUACUCAGGGAUGCCCAUCUACUUUAGGAUCCAACCGCAAGUCUCAAGAGUUUGUUGAAAGAGUCUUCAUUCGAGAUAAACAUGUGAAGGGUUAUUUCUCUGAAAAGGUUGUUCGUAAUAUUGAGAAGGAUAUUGGAUGCAAAGUUAAAGUAGAGGAAAGAUUUAUAGUUGUCAGUGGCAAGGAUAGGUUAUGCUUGGCAAAAGGUGUGGAUGCUGUAAAAAAGGCAAUGAAAGAGGAUGACAAGGGCAAAAAUAGAGGCCCAUCGAGUUCUCACAGGACCAGGUCAAGAUCUCCUGGUGCAAGUCCAGUCGGAUCUCAGGUGAAACGUUCAGUAACCCCAAGGUCACAUUCUAGUCCAAGAAAUUUGUCCCAGAUCCAGCAGAAAAAUUUCAGUCAAGAAAAGGUUGUAGAAGAUCACCUGCGACAAGAUAUAAAACAGUUGUCAAGGGGUUCUCCACAAGCAAGAGCUUAUGGAUAUGGUAAUGAUGGGGCCAAAGGUCGUUCAGGAUCUCCACAGCGUGCAAGCUAUGCUAGCCAUGGAUUUAAUCCCUAUGAUGCUCAUUCUCAGAGUAUGGCUGUGCAUAAGAGUGACAGUUGGAAUGUUGAGGGCCGUGGGCCAGAGAUUGAUUCCAGUCGCAAGUUUGAGUUUCGAGGUUAUCCUCAAGCAUUGGAAGAACUAGAGUUGGAAUUUAGGAGGGAGAUUACAGAGUUAGCAAGAACCCGUGAUAAGGAAGAAGAUGAAGAGAAUAGCAAGCAUCGUGAGUCCAUCAAUGAACUGAGAGAUACUUACAUGAAGAAAAUCUCCAUGCUAAGGGCAUCCCAUGCUAAACAAUGGGAAGAGUUCUUGCAGAAAGAUGCACAAAUGCGACAGAGAUCACGCCAGCAUAUGUCUUCGGUCUCGAGCUACAAUAACUAUCCUCUCCCAGGAGGAGGAGGCUUCUCAGAUUAUGAUCGCACCGUUGCUGAUAACCCUCACUUUGCUGCUAAUGCCCCUCUGGAUGCAAGGAGCAGAUAUCAUAUGCCAGUUGACGGUUACCAAAACCCUAGACCUGUCAGUGGAUAUGGCGAUUAUCCUCGUCAAAGGCAGGAAGACUAUGGGAAGCCAUACCACAGAUAUUGAAACCUUUAAAAACCUCAGCUAUACUCUCUUGGCACCAAAUCCCGGGGAUCCCAGGUAUCUUAGACAGAAUUGUGGCUGGUAAGUUGAGUCUUUAGAACCUUAUUUUCUCUUUUUUGUUGUUGACAUAUUACUUCAGUGGAAUCCAGACUCGUUGCUUAACAAAGUGGGACUACUGAGAAAUCUGGUGUGAUAACCAUCUCUGUUCUUUUACAAACUUGUGGACUAUUAUUGUUUUUGGGAUCCAUUGGAGUGGUGAAGUGGUGAGAUGAGCUCUGUGGUGGUCCCGCUUAUCUGCUAGGGCAUGUUCCCGAUGAUGGACAUUCCCUUGGUUUGUUAAGUAGUUGAUGCUCUAUUAAGGUGUUAGCAGUUACUUCAUUUUAA